UUGGGUGACUUUCACAUCUACAUUCUUUAAUCUCCCUAUAUUUCCAUUUUUAUACACUUCCACUUUCACACCAAUAUUCUUUCCAUCUAUAAUGGAGGCCAAACUAUGGAGAUUCCAGUCAUCUCCGGCCAUCCCCCGGUCAAAAUCUUGGAGGCUUUCCGUCCAAAUUCCCCCUCCAUUCUCCAAAACUUGCAGCUUUCAGUCCAUUUCUGGGGUUCAAAAGAAUCACAUCCUAGCUGUUCAGGCCUCUGCUUCACUCGGAGUAAAGAACGCAAGUAGAAUAGACGAGAGUGAGAUUUACACUCUUGACGGUAUAAGAAGCUCUUUAAUUCGACAAGAGGAUAGCAUAAUCUUUAGCCUUGUGGAAAGAGCUCAGUAUCUGUACAACGAGGAUACAUAUGACCCGAAAGCUUUCUUCAUGGACGGCUUCCAGGGUUCGUUAGUUGAAUUCAUGGUCAAAGAAACCGAAAAGAUUCACGCUAAGGUCGGAAGAUACAAGAACCCCGAUGAACAUCCGUUUUUCCCAAAUGACUUGCCUGAACCUAUGUUGCCCCCCUUGCAAUACCCACAGGUGUUGCAUCCUAGUGCCGAUUCAAUCAAUAUCAACAAAAAGAUAUGGAAUAUGUACUUUAAAGAUCUUCUUCCUAGACUGGUCAAGAAAGGAAACGAUGGUAACUGCGGGUCAACCGCAACAUGUGACACAAUCUGCUUGCAGGUCCUCUCUAAACGAAUCCAUUACGGUAAAUUCGUCGCAGAAGCAAAGUUUCGAGCUUCACCAGAUGAUUACGAAGCUGUCAUUAAAGCACAAGAUAGUAAAAAGCUGAUGGAUUUGCUAACAUAUCCGGCUGUGGAGGAGGCAGUCCAGAGACGGGUCGAAACAAAAGCGAAGACUUACGGGCAAGUAGUCUGUGUUGGGCCCACGGAAGCUGAACUCGAGCCGGUGUACAAAAUUAACCCGAGUUUAGUUGCUGAUAUUUACGGGGACUGGAUUAUGCCUUUGACUAAGGAGGUUCAAGUCGAGUAUUUGUUAAGAAGACUUGAUUAAUCGGAACAUAUCUUACACGAUAUAUAAUGUAUUUUUAUAUGUGGACCUAUACGGGAAGUGUCUGCGGGUCUAUAACCGAGUUUUUUUUUUUAUCUUAAUUUUUAUAAAUGUAAUUUUGAUUUAUCCAUGACAAAAUGUUAUUUUUAUGCAGAUGUAUGAUUGUAUUCUAUUUUUGUUUUCAUUA